AUGGCUGAACACCACCAGACUCACAGCUCCACUUCUACUUCCAAAUCCCCUGAGAUCCAACCUCAGAAUCACCCCGAAGACCCCGAAAAGAACGUCCCAAAGUCCAAAGAUGACAUCCCAUACUGCGUGCUGUCCGAGCGCCGCAAAAUCACCAUCAUCCUGGGGGCUUCGUUCAUGGGGAUAGUGUCGCCCAUGUCGGCAGGCAUCUACUAUCCCUCCCUGCCCGCGCUGGCAAAAGAGAUGCAUGUGUCGAAUUCGCUGAUCAACUUGACCGUCACGACGUAUCUGAUCCUCCAAGGCAUCGCGCCCUCCUUCACCGGCUCCUUUUCCGAUACCUAUGGCCGUCGGCCCGCCUACAUCCUCUGCUUCGUCAUCUACCUCGCAGCCAACAUUGGUCUCGCCCUGCAGAGCAACUACGCCGCCCUCAUGGUGCUGCGCUGCGUCCAGGCCGCCGGGAGCAGCGGUACCAUCGCCAUCGGCGUGGCUGUUGUCGCCGACAUCUCCACGCGCGCCGAGCGAGGCAAAUACAUCGCCUAUGCCAGCAUCGGGACCACGCUGGGCACCGCCAUCGGCCCCGUCAUCGGCGGCCUGAUCGACCAUUUCCUCGGCUGGCGGUGGAUCUUCUGGUUCCUGGCCAUCCUCUCGGGCGUCUUCCUCUCGCUCAUCCUGAUCUUCAUGCCCGAGACCUGUCGCGUCAUCGUGGGCAACGGCUCCGUGCCGCCGCCGCCAUGGAACCGGCCCCUGUGGACGCUCACCCGCGACUGCAUCAGACCCUGCCACGCAGACACGCAGCCCGUCAACUACGAAUCGGUGCAGAAGCGCCGCCAGCGGCCGAACCCACUCACGGCCGUGCGCAUCGCGCUGGAGAAAGAAGCCGGUACGAUUCUCCUCUUCGGCGCGCUCAUGUUCAGCGGGUACAUGAUCGUGACGAGCACGCUCUCCGCCCAGCUGGCCUCGCGAUUCCACUUCAACUCCAUCCAGGUCGGCCUGUGCUACCUCCCCUUCGGCGUGGGCAGUCUCACCUCGCGGUGGACGAUCGCCCCCGUACUGGACUGGAACUUCCGGCGCGAAGCCCGCCGGCAGAACCUGCCGCUCGUGCAGAACCGCCAGGAGGACAUCCGCGGCUUCGACAUCGAGCGCGCGCGGCUGGCCGUCACCAUCCCGCUGCUGUACGCCUCGUGCCUGUGCAUGAUCGCCUACGGCUGGGUCAUGGCCUUCCGCACCUCGCUGGCCGGCCCCGUCGUCAUGCUCUUCUUCACCGGCCACCUCAUCACCGGCGCCUUCACCACCCUCAGCACCCUCAUCGUCGACACCCACCGGCAGAGCGCGGCCACCGCGCAGGCCGCCAACAACCUGGUGCGCUGUCUGUUUGCGGCGGGCGCCGCGGCGCUGGCGGCGCCCUUGAUCGAUCGUAUAGGCAUCGGCUGGACCGGCACGUUUGUCGCGGGCGUCUGGGCGGUGUUUAGUCCGUGUCUGUGGCUGGUGUAUUGGCGGGGACAUCGCUGGCGGGAGGAGUUGCGAGAAAAGCGCGAUUCGAACGAAUAG